AUGGCACUACCUGCCUCCCAGGCUUCCGAGGACAUGAUCAAGAGUGUUCGCCGGACUACCCAUGCUACGAAGGCUUUUUCUGCAGUAUGGAUACGAAAAGAUGUUCUUCUCCUCAAAUUGCUGGCAAGCAAUGUUAUCGAAAUGAAGAAUGCAUCGCUGAGCGUUGUGUGGACGGAAAAUGCGCUGCGCUUCGUGGGCCACCUAAUUCAUGCGACGAUGAUGCAGUUUGCAAGGAAUAUCGAUCUGAUUUCAUUUGCACGACCCCUGGGUAUAGUCGAGGCAAGAAGAUUUGCGCCCUAG